UCGCCGGCGCCACACACCAUGCUGUCCGCCGGGCGGCGAGGUCCGGCCUUCCUGCGGCUGCGGCGCCUCAGGAGGUGGCUGGGGCGCGGGGCUCCUCCGGCCCUGCGCGGCCUUGGGCAAGAGCCCCUGGAGACAGCGCGGGCGCUGUGCGGCGAAUCCUGGGCUGCGCCCGAGCUGGACGGGGAGCGACGACGCGAAGCGCCACGGAGGAAGGCUCCCGGCGUGGAGUCGCCCCCGAGUCUCGGUCCGCGCGCGCGAGGCCCCGGGAUCGGAUGUCUUUCCUCAGGGGAAAGCCUCGGACUGCCGACGCCGCAGGAGGAGCCACCCUCCCGGGAGCGCGAGGACUCGCGCGGGGGCGCGCCCCCUCCGGCCCAGGCCGUGCCCCAGGUCGAAGGGCCCUUUCGCGUCGGGGAGCUCAUCUUGGCGGAGACUGGGAAGCGGGAAACACAGUUUAGGAAAUUAUUCAGGCUGAGUGACGCCGGACACUUAACUGGUAGCUGGGGAGCGGUCCCGUUCAGCGAGAUCGUGGGGCGGUUUCCCGGCCAGAUGCUGAGGAGCUCCUCUGGGAAGCACUUCACGCUGAGGAGGCCGGCUUUGGAGGACUACGUACUGCUGAUGGAAAGAGGCCCGGCCAUAACGUACCCUAAGGAUAUGAGUAUGAUACUGUUGAUGAUGGAUAUCCACCCAGGUGAUACUGUUUUGGAAGCUGGCUCAGGCUCUGGUGGAAUGAGCUUAUUUUUAUCCAAAGCAGUUGGAUCACAAGGACGAGUCAUAAGCUUUGAAAUACGAAAAGACCACCAUGAAUUGGCUAAGAAGAAUUACAAAAAUUGGUGUGAUUCAUGGAAAAUGAGUCAUGUAGAAGAGUGGCCAGACAAUGUGAAUUUUAUUCAUAAGGAUAUUUCAGGAGCAACUGAAGAUGUAAAAUCUUUAAUAUUUGAUGCGGUAGUUUUGGACAUGUUGAAUCCUCAAGUUGCUUUGCCUGUUUUAUACCCAAAUCUUAAACAGGGCGGUGUGUGUGCUGUAUAUCUAGCAAACAUCACACAGGUUAUUGAACUGUUAGAUGGAAUUCGCAUCUGUGAACUUGCUCUCUCAUGUGAAAAGAUAAGUGAAGUCAUUGUCAGAGAUUGGUUGGUUUGCCUUGCAAAACAGAAAAAUGGAAUUUUAGCUCAAAAAGUAGAACCUAAAAUCAACACAGAUUUACAAUUACAUUCUCAAAAGAAAAUUAGAAUUGAAGGUGAGAUGUUUCAAGAGGAUGACCAUGAAGAAUCACAUUCUGAUUUUCCAUAUGGAUCAUCAUCUCCUUAUAUUGCUAGACCUAUACACUGGCAAACUGGUCAUACAGCUUUUCUUGUCAAGCUGAGGAAGUUUAAACCACAACCCGAGUAGUACCUCAGCAACUGAUUGGAAGGUGAAAAAAUAUCAAAACAGAACUUUAUAUUGUGAAUCACUACUUCCAUGGAUUGGAAUUGUUAGCUAUUACUAUGAUUUGUAUAAUUUUUAUGUAUAAUUUUGAAAAAUAAUAAAAGCUAAAGGAAGAUGUGUAACAUUUCAAA